AUGGGUUUUUCAACAGCUGCUUUCGCUUAUCUCAAUUAUCCAACUCAAAUUAUUUUUAAAUGUUGUAAAUUAAUUCCUGUCUUUAUCGGUGAAUUAAUUAUCCAAGGCAAAAAGUAUAAUUGUAUAGAUUUUUGUGUAGCUUGCUUGAUGAGUCUUGGUUUGAUUCUUUUUACACUUGCUGACAAUCAAGUUUCCCCAAAUUUUGAUUUUCGCGGAUAUUUGAUGAUUUCAGUAGCUUUGAUCGCAGAUGCUGUUAUAGGAAAUGUGCAAGAAAAGAUAAUUAAAAAAUAUGAUGCAACAAAUACCGAAAUAGUAUUUUAUUCUUACUCGUUAGGUGUUGUCUAUAUUUUUUUCUUCAUUCUUGUUAAUGGCGAUUUGAUCCACGGAUUUGUUUUCUUUUUUAAAAAUCCUUGGCAUACCUAUGGAUAUGUAACAGCAUUCAGUCUAAUCGGUUAUUUGGGUAUCAAUUUAGUUCUAUCAUUGGUUAAAACACAAGGAGCUUUAAUAGCAGUUACCGUAACAACAGUACGUAAAGCAAUAACGAUAGUUUUGUCGUUUUUAUUAUUUAGAAAACCGUUUAGUAUGAAUUAUUUGUGGGGUGGUUCGAUUAUCUUUUUUGCUACAUAUUUGAAUUUAUAUAAUAAAAAUCGUGAAAAAUGCAAAUUUUUUUUAUAUAGGUGCAUUGGUCGUAUAAAAUAUCGUAAAUCAAGAAUAAAUAAAUUUUAUCGUUCAAUAUGA